AAAAAAGGGGAAAAGAAAAUUUCCCCCCCGCAUUUGUGCUAAAAGGCACGCUCCACCCACCUUUUUUUUUUUCGUUUGUCUUGUCCUUUCUACGUCGCUCGCCGGCAUCCGGCAGAGAAGGAAAAACAAAAAAGAAAACAAGGAACAAGAGGAAGGGACUCCCCAUUCUUUCUUCUCUGCAUUUGCAUUGGUCGAUAGGCACGUGCAGAAGUGUUGCGUUUGUUUUUCUGUUCAAGUAGAAGAUGUCGUCGGAGGAGGAAAAAUUGUUGAGGGAUGCGAAGAAAUUACCGUGGGAAGAUCGGCUGUUACACAAGAACUGGAAGGUGAGGAACGAGGCCAACAUUGACUUGAUCGCCGUAUGCGACUCCAUAACAGAUCCGAAAGAUCCCCGUCUUCGUGAUUUUGGUCCGCUUUUCAAGAAGACGGUGGCGGAUUCGAAUAUGCCAGUGCAGGAGAAGGCGCUCGAUGCUUUGAUUGCCUACUUACGCGCUGCCGACGCCGACGCCGCAAGGCAUGCCAAGGAAGUAUGUGAUGCAAUUGUGGCCAAGUGCCUCACUGGAAGGCCCAAGACGGUGGAAAAGGCCCAGGCUGCAUUUAUGCUAUGGGUAGAAUUGGAGGCUGUUGAUGUUUUCUUGGAUGCAAUGGAGAAAGCAAUAAAGAACAAAGUUGCCAAAGCAGUUGUGCCUGCAAUUGAUGUCAUGUUUCAAGCCUUAAGUGAGUUUGGAGCAAAAAUUGUUCCCCCGAAAAGAAUUUUGAAGGUGCUUCCCGAACUCUUUGACCAUCAAGAUCAAAACGUUCGUGCAUCUUCUAAAGGAUUGACUCUGGAACUUUGUCGCUGGAUUGGGAAGGACCCUGUAAAGUCAAUACUCUUGGAGAAAAUGCGGGAUACAAUGAAAAAAGAGCUGGAGGCUGAGCUUGUAAAUGUUACAGGAAUGGCUAAGCCAUCUCGCAAAAUAAGGUCUGAGCAAGACAGAGAGCCAGAACAAGAAGCCGUGUCUGAAGUUGUGGGUCCUGUUGCUACUGCAGAAUCCUCAGUUGAGGCAGCUCCUCGGGAAAUUGAUGAGUAUGAGCUUGUUGAUCCUGUUGAUAUAUUGACUCCUCUUGAGAAGUCUGGAUUUUGGGAUGGAGUGAAAGCUACCAAAUGGUCAGAAAGAAAGGAGGCUGUAGCAGAGCUAACCAAGCUUGCCUCUACUAAAAAAAUAGCGCCUGGCGAUUUUACAGAAGUUUGUCGGACAUUGAAGAAGCUUAUUACAGAUGUGAACAUUGCUGUUGCAGUUGAAGCCAUCCAAGCGAUUGGCAAUCUUGCCAGUGGUCUAAGAUUGCAUUUUUCUGGGAGUUCAAGGUUCUUAUUGCCAGUUUUACUUGAAAAAUUGAAGGAGAAAAAACCUACAUUGACAGAAUCACUUACUCAAACUCUCCAAGCAAUGCACAGGGCUGGAUGCUUAAAUCUUGUUGAUAUUGUUGAAGACAUUAAGAAUGCAGUGAAAAACAAAGUUCCUCUUGUUCGCUCUUUGACUUUGAAUUGGGUUGCAUUUUGUAUUGAAACGAGCAACAAGGCUGUUGUGCUAAAAGUGCAUAAGGAUUAUGUACACAUUUUUAUGGAGUGCCUCAAUGAUGGGACACCUGAAGUGAGGGAUGCAGCCUUUUCGGCCUUGGCAGCAGUAGCUAAGUGGGUAGGCAUGAGGCCGUUGGAGCGGUUAUUGGAGAAGCUUGACGAUGUUCGGAGAAAGAAGCUCUCUGAAAUGAUUGUGGGUUCUGAAGUUGCUAUGUCCACUGCUUCAAGUUCAGUCACAGUCCAAACUUCUGGUCGGAAUGUGCCUUCUUUGGAGACUCAAGAAGACAUGUUUGUGAGAAAGUCGGCAGCUAGCAUGCUUAGUGGGAAGAGGCCUGUGCAGGCAGCUCCCACUAUAAAAAAGGGGGCCACUGUAAAAUCGGGUGCCAGCAAGAAAGGUGAUGGAACUGGACAGCUGAAAUCUUCAAAGCCAGUUGAGCCGCCUGAAGACAUUGAGCCAUCAGAAAUGAGUCUUGAAGAGAUUGAAAGCAGAUUAGGUUCUCUUCUACAGGCAGAGACUGUUUCUCAAUUGAGGAGUACUGUUUGGAAAGAACGGCUUGAGGCUAUUUCUUCAUUGAAACAACAAGUAGAAGGUUUACAAGAACUUGGUCCGUCAGCGGAAAUUUUGGUUCGUCUACUCUGUGCUGUGCCUGGUUGGAGUGAAAAAAAUGUUCAGGUUCAGCAACAGGUUAUUGAAGUUAUUACCUACAUAGCUUCUACAGUGACAAGAUUUCAAAAGAAAUGCGUGGUGCUUUGCUUGUUGGGAAUAAGCGAACGAGUGGCAGAUAUUAAGACCCGUUCUCAUGCCAUGAAAUGCCUUACUACCUUCUCUGAAGCAGUGGGUCCUGGAUUUGUUUUUGAAAGACUUUACAAAAUCAUGAAGGAGCACAAGAAUCCUAAGGUUCUCAGUGAGGGAAUAUUAUGGAUGGUUUCGGCUGUUGAGGACUUUGGUGUAUCACAUUUGAAACUUAAGGAUUUAAUUGAUUUCUGCAAAGAAACUGGACUGCAGUCUAGUGCAGCUGCUACUAGAAAUGCUACAAUUAAGCUUUUGGGUGUUGUGCAUAAAUUUGUUGGUCCAGAUAUUAAAGGAUUCCUUGCCGAUGUGAAACCUGCACUGCUUAGUGCACUUGAUACUGAGUAUGAAAAGAAUCCGUUUGAGGGUGCUUCUGCAGUUGCAAAGAGAACUGUCAGGGAAUCAGAUUCAAAUUCAUCUAUUACAGCUGGUGGGUUAGAUGGCCUUCCACGUGAAGAUAUUAGCGGAAAACUCACCCCUACUCUGUUGAAGAGCUUGGAAAGUACUGAUUGGAAGGUUCGUUUGGAAUCAAUCGAAGCUGUCAGUAAGAUUUUGGAAGAUGCUAAUAAGCGAAUUCAGCCAGCUGGAACAGUUGAAUUAUUUGGGGCACUGAAGGGACGCCUAUGUGACAGCAACAAAAAUUUAGUCAUGGCAACCCUAACAACUAUUGGCAGCAUUGCCUCUGCUAUGGGACCAACUGUUGAAAAGUCUAGCAAGGGCAUUUUGUCUGAUGUUUUGAAGUGUCUUGGUGACAAUAAGAAGCAUAUGAGAGAAUGCACCUUGACUACUUUAGAUUCUUGGCUUGGUGCUGUUCAUCUUGAUAAAAUGGUUCCUUACAUUACAGCAGCAUUGACCGACACUAAGAUUGGGGCAGAGGGGCGUAAGGAUCUUUUUGAUUGGUUGUCAAGGCAGCUCUCUGGAUUAAGUGAUUAUGCAGACGCAGUGCAUCUGUUGAAACCUGCUAGUUCUGCUAUGACAGAUAAAUCGUCAGAUGUUCGAAAAGCGGCAGAGGCUUGCAUUCAUGAACUUUUGAGAGUUACGGGACAAGAAACAAUCGAAAAGAUUCUUAAAGAUAUACAUGGACCAGCUCUGGCUCUCAUUCAUGAACGACUGAAACUUUAUGGGACUUUUCAAGAACCAUUUGAAUCAGCAAGAGGAAUGCCCAUGGGGCUAACAUCAAAAAACAGCUCAAGGGUAGGAAAAUCCACUUCAAAUGGUGUGAUUAAGCAUGGGAACAAAACUAUGUCUUCGAGAGUCGUAACAAAGGGCUCAAGGACGGAGUCAGUAAUAUCUGUUCAAGAUAUAGCUGUCCAGUCACAGGCAUUUUUAAAUGUUAAGGACUCAAAUAAGGAGGAUCGGGAGAGAAUGGUUGUUCGGAGGUUCAAGUUUGAGGAGCCACGGCUUGAACAGAUUCAAGAUCUUGAGAAUGACAUGAUGAAGUACUUCAGAGAGGAUUUGCAUAGGCGGCUUCUAAGUACAGAUUUUAAGAAGCAAGUGGAUGGCCUUGAGAUGCUGCAGAAGGCACUUCCAUCCACAGCAAAGGAAAUUAUUGAAGUUCUGGAUAUACUUCUGAGGUGGUUUGUUUUGCAGUUCUGUAAAUCAAACACAACAUGCCUGUUGAAGGUACUGGAAUUUCUUCCCAAGCUUUUCGACAUUUUGAGGAAUGAGACCUACUCUUUGAGCGAGUCUGAAGCAGCUAUAUUUCUUCCAUGCUUAAUCGAGAAGUCAGGGCAUAACAUUGAGAAGGUACGAGAAAAAAUGCGGGAGUUGACCAAACAAAUUGUCAACUUAUGUUCUGCAUCAAAAUGUUUCCCUUAUAUUUUGGAGGGUCUGCGAUCAAAGAACAACCGUACUCGGAUAGAGUGUGCCGAUCUCAUCGGAUUCAUCAUUGAUCAUCACGGAGCUGAGAUUAGCGGACAGUUUAAAUCAUUGCAAGUUGUUGCGAGCUUGACAGCAGAACGAGAUGGUGAAAUUAGGAAAGCUGCGUUAAAUACUCUAGCUAUGGGUUAUAAGAUUCUUGGUGAGGAUAUAUGGAGAUACCUUGGGAAGCUAACAGAUGCUCAGAAAAGCAUGUUAGAUGAUAGAUUUAAGUGGAAGGUCCGAGAGAUGGAGAAGAAGAAGGAAGGCAGGCCUGGUGAAGCUAGAGCUGCUCUGAGGCGUUCUGUCAUGGAAAAUGGGUCUGAUGUAGCAGAACAAAAUGGGGAAGUUUCGCGAUCUGUUUCAGGAACAAUACAUACAGGUUCCAGGAAAAACUACGGUCAUAUUGAACAAAUGGACAGACAUCUGGCGCCCCAUGCUCUUCCAAGUGCCAAUGGUCCCGCGGACUGGAAUGAAGCUUUGGACAUUAUAUCCUUUGGUACUCCUGAGCAGUCUGUUGAAGGAAUGAAAGUUGUGUGUCAUGAGUUAGCACAGGCCACUAGCGAUCCAGAUGGCAGUGCAAUGGAUGAACUUGUGAAGGAUGCAGAUAGUCUGGUUUCAUGCUUGGCAAAUAAGGUGGCUACUACUUUUGACUUCAGUCUGACUGGAGCAUCGUCACGGUCUUGUAAAUAUGUCCUGAACACGCUCAUGCAGACCUUUCAAAAUAAAAGACUCGCCUAUGCUGUCAAGGAGGGUACUCUUGACGGUCUCAUCACUGAGCUUUUGCUUUGGCUUUUAGAUGAAAGGGUUCCCCACAUGGACGAUGGCAGCCAACUUUUAAAAGCUUUAAAUGUCUUGAUGCUUAAGAUUCUGGAUAAUGCAGAUCGAACUUCAUCCUUUGUUGUUCUGAUUAAUCUCUUACGUCCAUUGGAUCCAUCAAGGUGGCCUUCACUGGCAUCAAAUGAGUCAUUUGCUUCCAGAAAUCAGAAGUUCUCUGAUUUGGUUGUCAAAUGCUUAAUCAAACUUACGAAGGUUCUACAAAGCACCAUAUACGAUGUUGAUCUCGAUCGUAUCCUUCAAAGCAUCCAUUUAUACCUGCAAGAUUUGGGGAUGGAAGAAAUCAGGAGGAGAGCUGGCGCCGAUGACAAACCAUUACGUAUGGUCAAAACUGUACUACAUGAACUUGUGAAGCUUCGUGGAGCUGCAAUAAAGGGUCACCUUUCUAUGGUUCCUAUAGAUAUGAAACCUCAACCAAUUAUUCUUGCCUACAUUGAUCUUAAUCUUGAGACAUUAGCUGCAGCGAGAAUGUUGACCUCAUCGGGGCCUGGGGGCCAAACUCAUUGGGGUGAUUCGGCUGCCAACAAUCCAUCAUCUGGCACACAUUCUGCUGAUGCCCAGUUGAAGCAAGAACUCGCUGCUAUAUUCAAGAAAAUUGGUGACAAGCAAACUUGCACUAUUGGUCUAUAUGAGCUAUACCGCAUUACUCAAUUAUACCCAAAGGUUGAUAUAUUUUCUCAGCUCCAAAAUGCGAGUGAGGCAUUUCGCACUUAUAUUAGGGAUGGUUUAGCUCAGAUGGAGAAGAAUGCAGCUGCUGGAAGGACUCCUUCGAGUUUACCAAUGCCAACCCCUCCUCCAGCAGCCUUAACUGUUUCUUCCCCUGAAUUUGCACCUCUUUCCCCUUUGCAUACAAAUGCUUUAAAUGAUGGAAAAGCAUUGAAUGUGAAAUCUGAUCCAACAAACUUUAAUCUGCCACCAGCGUAUGCCGAAGACAACAGGGUCAUAGAUCCCCUCACUUAUAGGGGAUUCACCUCUGAGAACUCAUUGGGUGACCAAAGAAACGAGAGAUUUGUAACUGGAGUAACCAGUGGGACAUUGGAUGCAAUUCGAGAAAGGAUGAGGAGCAUGCAAUUAGCAGCAGCUGCUGGGAAUCCUGACACUGGAAGCAGGCCACUUAUGUCCAUGAAUGAUAACUUAAACCAUGGACUCUCUGGUCACGUUUCUCAUGCAUCAGACCGCAUUGGCUCAGAGAAUGCAGUGCAGAGUGGGGUUCUUCCUAUGGAUGAGAAAGCAUUGUCUGGGCUUCAAGCUCGGAUGGAGAGACUUAAAAGUGGCGCAAUUGAACAUCUGUAGGGAGAGGGAAAAAAAAGGAUAAAGUGAAAUAUGUGUCGACAUCUUUCACCUUACAUUGUAAAUGGAACGAGAACCAGAGUUCAAUUCAGGGCAGUUGGCAGUUGCCUCCGGUAGAUCUCUGUAUGGUAUGGAGUUUCUAUUUACCCAGCCCGAUGUCAUCAUUGCAACCUUUGAAGCGGUAGCAGAGCUAUGAAGAAGUAGCACUUUUUGGCCAUCUGUGCAUAUAAUUUGUAUAUUGUAGUAGUUUAAUCUUCCUUUUGGCAGGAAUGCCUUGGUUUGCCCUAAUUUUAUACUGUUGUACACAUUUCUUAGAGCAAUUUGUGUUUUUCUUUCUUUCUUUUUUCUAAAUUUAGUCUGUAUUUAGUGAGUUACCUCUGACGCCAGGAAAUUUUGAUUGAAUUUGAUAUCGAUCUAUACAAAUUAUUCUCGAGAA